AUGGUGUUGAUAAAUCGUGGUUGAUCAAUUUCUGUUGUUUAUUUCUUGUCAAUUUGCCAUCAGGCAAAGAUAUCCUGUGGCUUUUAUUAUGAAAAGAGUAACCUUGUUUCUGUGGGGCACAAGGAACAAUGGAAAGAUAAUUUGUGUACAGGAUUCAGAUAGUUUAGAAGAUGUCCUGGCUAAUGCUGGUCAGAAGUUGGGCAUCUCUGCCGCUCGUAUCUUUACAGAGAAAGGAGGAGAGGUGGACGAUGUAGCUCUUCUCCGAGACGAUGAGGUCCUUUUUGUGUCUCAAGAUGAAACCGCUGAUUUGAGCUCAUCGACAGAAUCUACCCUGAAUGAUCACUACCCAAUGCUAGCUGUUGAAGAAGGCGACUGGGUGACGCUAAAUGUUGGAGGACGUUAUUUCACCACGACUAGAAGAACUUUGACAGCUAAUGAACCUGACUCCAUGCUCGCCAAAAUGUUUGAUAACUCAAAACCCACAGGGCUGAAUUGGACUAGUCGGAAAGAUCCUAAUGGAGCAUACCUGAUAGACAGAAGUCCAGAUUACUUUGAACCUAUACUCAACUACCUAAGACACGGGCAGCUCAUACUGAAUAAAGGCAUUAAUCCUCUUGGUGUUUUAGAAGAAGCCAAGUUCUUUGGUAUCAUGGGUCUAGCAGAAGAUUUGGAUUCUAUAAUCAAUGAAGACGAGCCUCCUGGCGACCAGACCCCCAUCACCAGAAGAGAAUUUGCUUUAUCUUUGAUGUUCACUUCAUCAAAUAGUCAACUUAGAUGCCAGGGAAUGAACUUCUCUGGUGCUGAUUUAUCAAGGCUAGAUCUGCGGUAUGUGAAUUUCAAGCAUGCAACAUUAAAGAAGGCAAAGCUAGCCGGGACGAAUCUAUCCUGUUGCAACUUCGAGCGAGCAGACCUGUCACAAGUCAUACUGGAUGGUGCCAAUCUUCUGGGGGCAAAGUUUCUCUGUGCUAAUUUGGAAGGUGCUUCAAUGAGAGGGUGUAAUUUUGAAGAUCCUGCAGGGAGUCGUGCCAAUAUGGAAGGUGCCAACAUGAAGUCUGUCGACCUUGAAGGGAGCCACAUGGCAGCUGUCAACUUACGUGUGGCAACUUUAAAGAAUGCCAACCUUCAGAACUGCGACCUGAGAGCUGCUGUUCUUGCUGGAGCGGAUCUUGAGAACUGUGACCUCUCUGGGUGUGACCUGCAAGAAGCCAAUCUCCGAGGCGCCAAUCUGAAGGGUGCAACGUUUGAACUGAUGCUGAAUCCUCUCCACAUGUCGCAGACCAUCAGAUGACAGUGACGCCACCUAUUGGAAAAUCUUGCCAUGCAUUUCUCGUGUGUACUUGAUGUAAACAAUCAUAUCAGUAUGUAUCAUAUCUUAAAGAGGGAAUGAUUCACACUCGGCUGAAUGUAUUUUGUCCUGUAGGAAGGUUAUGGUAUCGAUGAAAUUCAGAAGACCUCAAUAAUCCUGUCUUCUAUUGUGGGGGUGGAUGAUCAUGAAUACUUGCUAUUGCUAUAGUCAAAAUGUUCCUAUAUUUAUGUAUGCAUUGGUCACUGUGAUGCAGGGAGAUUAGGUAGGAGGGAGGUGUGUAAGUGUAAGUUUCAUCAAGUGCCCGAUAGGUGUCUCUGUUUAUCUCACAAUGCACAGUUCAUGCUUGCACAAGGGCUUCUUCAUUCUCUAGUCAAACGGGGCCCAGUUCCCUAUAACUGAGCAUAUUAGUCAAGUGGGUAUGACGAACUGGACAUCCUAGCUCCUGCCUCGAGUACUCCAUUUAGCAUGAUGGUUGUCCUUAUAUAAUGUAUAAUCAAAGUAUCAAUAAAACUUUCAGCAUUGGUUGAUUAUGUUAAAGUUGUUUAGCAAUUCGCUAUCGUGCAUUUCAGCAACACUGACACUAUGGCAGGUCACAGUGUCAUGGUGCAAUGCAUUGCCAUUGCGUAAAAUCAUCUUGGAAUCACCUGUAUCAUGUAUAUUUGAAACAGAUUAGUCAAUUUUACUAAUAUUUUUGUCUCUGAUGUGAACUAACAUGUAUAAAUUAUUGUUAAUGUAAUGUGGACGUCGUGAGAUGUAAUCUCUUUUUUAAAGUUUGAAUUUGUGUCUGCAUCAGUUUCAGGGUUAUUUUUAGUUUCAAGUAAUCGAGUAGUUCCAUCUUUUUAGCCCAGAUGGCGCCAACUGAGGUCCCCUGUCUGAGGCUGAUGAGGAAACUCACGAAACUCUAUUGGGGAGAUGUAAUCUCUUUUUCACCCAAUCAUGUAUAGAACUGUUCAAUGUUAAGCUGGGAAAGACUGGCAAUUCUCUGCAGGAAGCAAGAUUUGAUAGUCAUGUAGAACUUGCAGCAGUUGUCAAUUUCACCAACACCCUUGCAUGAUUUUCUGUUGAUGCCGUUGCAAUUGCUUGCCACAUUCAUUUGGCCCCCGAGGAAACCAACUCAUGUUGAUUUGAAUAAAUAUUUUUUUUAAUAUGA